AUGGGGGUCCUCGCCGAAGUUGUUUCACGGCCGGAUCCCAAGGUCGACAUCGGGGCGGUCGACUUGUCGUGCGCCUUCGUGCUCUGCGAUAUUCUGGCGGAGGAUCACCCCAUCGUGUACGUCUCGGAAGCCUUUGAGCGUCUGACCGGCUAUACGGAGGCGGAGAUCGUGGGUCAGAAUUGCCGGUUCCUGCAGAGCCCCGGCGGCGUCGUCCGGCGGGGCAUGGAGCGCAAAUUUGUCGACCCGCACACGGUCUUCCAGCUGCGCACGACCAUCGAAGAGCGGACCGAGAUCCAGGUAUCGAUCAUCAACUACCGGAAAGGGGGCCAGCCCUUCAUGAACCUGGUCACCAUGAUCCCGAUCUGCUUGCACUCCGACGACUACCGGUUCUACGUCGGCUUCCAGGUUGAUCUGGUCGAGAAGCCCGAUGCGGUCACCCGACGGAAUCCCAAUGGCACAUACAUGAUCAACUACCAGCGCAGCCAGCUGCCCCCCUACGUGGUUCCGCCGGCGGUGCUGUAUCAGGCGCACCCGGAUCUGAUGACGCAGUUCGGCCCCGAGCAGGUCUCGACGAUCUUGCGCAGCCUAGACACCCACGGCCCGGACUACCGCGGCUACUUGGACCGGGUCCUCGUCGAGAAUGCGGACGACGUGAUUCAGGUCCUGUCCUUCGAGAGCGAGCUCCUCUACCUCUCCCCGUCGUGCCGCCGGUGUCUGGCCUACGAGCCGGUCGAGCUAGUCGGUAAGACCCUGUCGAUGCUAUGUCACCCCAGUGACCUCGGCCCGGUCAGUCGCGAGCUAUGGGCCCAGACCACGACAGACCCCAUCAGCGUCGCCUACCGGGUCCGGAAGAAAGACAGCGGGUACGUGUGGUUUGAGAGCCGUGGGGCCUGGCAUAUCGGGCAGGGCCGGCGGCAGUUCAUGGUGCUGGUGGGCCGGGUCCGACCGGUCUACCACCUGGAGCAGGUCGCGAAGCUCGGUGUGGGGGCGCUGUCGGAGACGGACAUCUGGAUCAAGCUCUCCGCGUCGGGCAUCAUCCUUUUCGCCUCGUCCAAGGUCCGACCCGUGCUAGGUCGCGUGCCAGACGACCUGGUGGGAAAGAGUCUCUCGGAUCUAGUCGACGCGCCGCAGGAGACGCGCCGGGCGCUGGACGCCUGCUACCGUGGGCACGAGGCGCGCAUGGGACACCGCAUCCGCCACCAGAAGGGGCACCUCCUCGCGGCACAGACCACGCUCUUCCCGGGGGACGUCCCUGCUGGCGGGCGACCGUCGUUCCUAGUCGCCCAGAUCCACUUCCCGACGACGGCGGCGGGAGAUCCGACCACCUCCACCACUACCCAGGGCGAUGCACCCCUGGAAGUCUCCCACCAAGAUCCACAGCAAUUGCUAUCAAACAACCAGUACAUGCCCACGGCCCGGGGCCAACCACUGCAAUCACCCUUUAACGAACUCCACCCAACCCGCGGCUCGCACUGGCAAUUCGAGCUCCGCGCCCUAGCCCAGCAUAACCAGACCCUAUCAGAGGAAGUCAACCGACUGCUCGCACGGCGAAAGAAGCGCAAGCGCCGCCAGAGCACCGUCCCAGUGGCAAAGAGCUGCGUCACUUGUCGCACGCGCCGCACGCCCGAGUGGCGGCGUGGACCGAGCGGGAAUCGCGAUCUGUGUAAUAGUUGUGGGUUGCGGUGGGCGAAGCAGUCCAAAUAUAGUACAACAUAA